CUGUCUUUUGGGAUCUACAUUGAAUUCAUAAACUCUCAAGUCAAAAAUUACUCUCUAAUCAUUCGUGUUGAGAAACCAAUCCCGGCGAAUUGGAUUAUCGUGGUUCGGAGUUUGUCGGUGGAUAAAUCGUAAUGGCUAAAGCAAAUAAUAACUUUUCAGCGGAUCAAGAGACCCAGCCGAUUGAUGAUGAUUCUAAUCCCUCUUCGCCUUCUGCUUCUGGCGAAGAUAAAGAUAGUUUGUUUGGGGACUGUGACACACAACCUUUUGAGGACAGUGCUUGGAUUGAUGAUCAAUAUAUGGAGACUCAGGUCGUGGAUAUUGGAUGUGAUAAUGAAGAGUUUCUACUUUGUGGUGAAACUCAAGCAGUUGAUUUGGUAUUUGAAACCCAAGAAGAACCUUUUGUUGAAGGGACACAGUUACUCGAAGCUUCUGAUGGUUUGGCGGCUACACAGGUUUUGGAUCAUUUUGAUGAUCAAGUUGUUGCGGAUAGUGAUGAUGAUGUUACUGCUGUCUUGGAAGAUGGUAGUGAGCUCUCUGACGACAGUGAUGACUCGUGUAGUAAAGCCAAAACUGUUUUAUCUAGUGAAGAGAACAGACAGGAUGGUAGUGGAAAGGUUAAAUCAACAUGUGCCCUUGAUGCUUGGUCAAAUGAACAUGGGAUUUCUGGCAAAAAGAUGGCUAGGUUUGCUUCAGUUCGUUCUGCAGCUUUCCGUGCAUCUGCUGUGGCAGCUCGUUUUGCAGCCCCAAAGAUACCCAACAGUGACCGUUCUACUUUAGUCAACUUUCAUACUUCUGGACAAGGAGACACACAUAAUUCUUCUCUGGAAUAUAGAGUUGGAGAAGUAGGGAAUCAGCAAUCUCUUACCAGUAUAUUUGUUGAAAAGAAAAAUGACUUACAAACAGGAAACAGAACAGCGAGGAAGCUUUUCCAGGAGGAUUUGCCUGAAGAAAAUUGCCAUUCUGUUGAUUACAAUGUCGAUCUGGAGGAUUUGAGUUAUAUUGACUCUCAAGAACCUGGUGAGGCAUCCCAGGCCAGUGCUCUUAAGUUGGUUGAUAAGCUCAUUAAUGAGUCCCGUGUAGAGUUUGGUUUUGAAGUUGAAGCAGACUGUGGAAGGAGAACGGAAGAAAAGUCAAAAUUUGUCCCGAUUUUUAAAGGCCCACAAGAAUUAGCAAAGAAAUUAAGUUACAAAAGCGGAGCUGUUGGUAACUGUGUUUUCGACUGGGAUGAUAAUCGUGAGGAUGAAGGAGGUGGUGAUAUCUACCGUAGAAGAAAAGAUGAAUUCUUUGGCAUUGCAAGUAAAGGACGGGAAUUUUCUACCUUGCCUAGAGAACAGAAAAGAGAAUUGAUACAUGAAAGUCAUGGAGGACUUGGGGAUGUAGUGGAUAAAAGAAGGACUCGUUCUGAUUCCAAACUAUUGCAGCAUAGUGUGACCAGGAGCCAAAAGAAUAUCCAGGCUGCUAAAAAGAAUCUUGCCAAAGAGUUAGAUGAUGUUCGUGAAGCGGUUGUUUUGGGGAAUGAUGCACAAGUUGCUGAUGAAACAAUUGAUGAUCUGUGCUCUAGAGACCGUAGCAAGUUUGUUUCUGAGACAAGUUGUCUUACGGGAAAGAAACUGUCACCAGGAGAAGAAAGAGGAUAUUCUCCCGGUGGAGUCGUUACUAGACAAUCCAGGGGAACUAAGAGGAUUCAGGCUAUGAGUAAAGAUGAAUUGUUGAAAAAAAGAAGGAAGAAGGCUAGUCCGAAUACUGAAGGGUCUUCAAAGGAUGACCAGCUUGAUAAAGAAGGUCCGUCCUGCUGGAAAAGUAGGAAGAUCCAGACUGCUUCACGAGAAACUGAAAAGAAUUUUGUUGUUGGUUUAGAUGAAGUUUCCAAGGAAAGUAAUACAAAAUUGUUUGAUAGGAAUGAAGAGGUAGAAGCAGGGCCAGAUACACAAAUGGCUGCUGAAGUGAUGAAUGCUCUGUACUCUGGGGACGGCAGGGAGAUUGAUCCUGAGCUAAACAAUCUAAUAGGUAAGAAGUUGUCACUGAAAGGAGGCAUUUCUAGUCGUGGAGUCGUUACCAGAAAAUCCAAGAGGAUUAAGGGAAUGCAGGCUGUGGAUAAUGAUGUUGAAUCACUUGAUACAAAAACAAAGAAGGCUAGAUCAAUUUGUGCCAAAUCUUGCGAGAAGAAUAGGGAUAGGUAUUUAAAAAAUGACAAAGUUAAUCCGCCUGAUGAAGUUGUUGUGUCAACUACAGAGAAGAGGCAAGGAGAAUUUUCAAACAAGCAUAUUAUGUCUAAGUUACCUAGGCAAUCAAGUAGAGGUGACACUGAGGCGUUGAAUUAUCCCAAGAGGAGAAGAUCAGCUCGUAUUUUGCAAGAUCAGGUUAAUGAGGCAGGGAGGAGUACAGAUCCCACUUUUGAUACUCCAGUUAAGUCUAAGAUGCCUUCAACGAAUGUGUCGCCUAUAUGCAUGGGUGACGAAUAUCUUAGACUUUCUUGCAAGGAUUCAGUUACAUCACACACUACAAGGGAAUUUCGUAGCUUAACCUUACCAUUAGCGGAACCUAUCUCCGAGACAAAGAGUACUAGAAAGAGAAGAGAUUUGGGUAGUGUACGUGUCUUGUUCAGCCAGCAUCUUGAUGAAGAUGUGACCAAGCAUCAGAAGAAGAUUUUGGCAAGGUUUGAUAUCUCGGAAGCUUCCUCCAUGAAAGAGGCAACACACUUCAUUGCUGAUAACUUUACGCGCACAAGGAACAUGCUAGAAGCAAUCGCUUCAGGCAAGCCAGUGGUCACAACACAAUGGCUUGAAAGCAUCGGCCAAGUAAACAUAUAUGUUGACGAGGAUCUGUAUAUUCUCAGAGAUAUAAAGAAGGAGAAGGAAUUCUGUUUCAACAUGGGAGUUUCUUUGGCUCGUGCACGCCAGUUUCCGCUACUACAGGGGAGAAGAGUUUUUAUCACCCCAAAUACAAAGCCUGGUCUAAACACAAUCACGACUUUGGUUAAGGCAGUUCAUGGACUGCCUGUAGAAAGACUCGGAAGAUCUAUCCUAAGCAAAGAUAAGGUCCCAGAAAAUCUUUUGGUCCUAUCAUGUGAAGAGGAUCGAACUAUCUGCAUACCAUUCCUAGAGAGAGGGGCUGAGGUAUAUAGCUCGGAGUUACUUUUAAAUGGGAUAGUUACUCAAAGGCUUGAGUAUGAAAGGUACCGUCUCUUCACAGACCAUGUGAGGAGAACGCGGUCAACAAUAUGGAUCAAAGACGUAAAAGGCAAGUUCCAACGCCGUAGCGGGUAAAAGAGGUAAUGCGAUCAGACUCCUAUAUGAUACAGCUGUUUUAGAUUAUACUAGAUUAGAAAGUGACUGUAAAUGUAACAACUCGUGUAACUAUAAUCUGCUUGAACUUUUUACUUUUAUUUUUCUAAAGUCGUUUAAAAUUUGUAUAAUUUCCCUUUUAUUACGAGAGCUGGGUUUUGAGUGUCA